CGUGCUGCGGUAACCAUUCUGCGGUAACCAUGCGGUAACCAUUCGAGGCCAGUUCGCCUCGGAGGCGGACCGUAGCAGCUGCCCUUCACGCCAUGGUACCCGUGGGUACAUCCUGCCGAGCGGAUUUGACACUUCCGGAGGGCCUCGUCCUGGGCAGGUCUUCCAUCUCGGGAGCACAACGUGGUGUCUACACCAUGGUGGGGCUUGCCAAGCGCACGUGCUUCGGGCCCUAUGAGGGUGUUGUCGUCGAGGACAUCAACAAGGGUACCGGUUACACGUGGGAGAUUCGCAGCCGUGGCCAGCGCUACCUGGUGGACGCUCGCCCUUUGUCGGUGUCCAACUGGAUGCGUUACAUCAACUGCGCCAAUUCGGAGGCUGAACAGAACCUCGUAGCCUUCCAGUACAAGGGUUCCAUCUACUACAGAGCCUACAAGAACAUCCCACCAGGCACGGAGCUGCUCGUCUGGUACGGAACGCAGUUUGCCAGGGAACUGGGAAUUGUUACUCCCAAGUCACGGGAUGAAGUCAAGGAAGAAGACAAGGAUAAUGAAGAGGAGCGUAAAGAGAGUGUCUUCGAGUGUAACGUGUGUGGAAGCGUGUUUGCGUCCGAAGAGUACCUCAAGAAGCACCACAAGGCCAAGCACUUUCGCAGGGGAGGAAGACAUCGGUGUACCUUCUGCGACUAUUCCAGUGAUCAUAUAUUUCCAAACGAUACUGGUUCUAUUAAAGAUGUAGUGUCGUCAGAGUCGAGUUCCAGCCAAGGAAAGUACUCCAAGAGAAACCGGAUACAAGUCAGCUACAAAGAAGGCGAGGACGAAGAAGAAGUACAUGCGGAGGACGAUGACUAUCUCUCUAACAAAGGAGAAUCUAAGGAAAGCGUCUCCAAGUGUACCCUAUGCGGCAGUGUGUUUGCGUCCGAAGGGUACCUCAAGAAGCACUACAAAGCCAAGCACUUUCGCAGGGGUGGAAAGCAUCGGUGUACCUUCUGCGACUACUCCAGCGAUCGCGUGAACGACGUUAAAAAGCACCAGAGAACGCAUACGGGAGAAAAACCCUACGUGUGCCCAGCAUGCUGCAAGAGAUUCGCGUUAAGGAAAGACUUGGAGACGCAUUCCAAGACAGUUCACGAAGCACUGAGGAACCACUCCUGUUCCACUUGCGGGCUUACAUUUCAACAGAAAUGCCAUCUACAGAUUCACGAGAGAAUUCAUUCGGACGAAAGGCCUUACGUGUGCGAACGCUGUCGAAGGGCGUUCACGCGAGACUGUCACCUGUCCCGACACCUUCUGAUCCACACGGGCGAGAAGCCGUAUUCCUGCAGUCAUUGUGGAAAAAGUUUCAAUCGACGCGGCCACUUGAAGAGACACCUAGUGACUGUCCACACCAAGGACUUCCCUCACAGGUGUCGCUCGUGUCACAAGGGAUUUUGUCAUCCGGUCGGCCUUAGGAGGCACGUGCAGAAGGAACAUCCUGUCUGCGAGGAAUGA